GAGAGGAUGGAGGUGCCCCAAGGAGGUCUGCGCCUCGGUAGACAGCACUAUCAUCAGAAGGAGCAAAACGACUCUUUUGAGGCCCCCAGUGAGAGGCCCUAUUCCCUGAAGAUCCGAAACACUACCAGCUGCAACUCGGGAACAUACAGGUGCACUCUGCAAGUGCUGGAAGGGCAGAGAAACCUAAGCGGCAUGGUGAUCUUGAAAGUGACAGGAUGCCCUAAGGAUCGUAAAGAAGGGAAUUUUAAGAAAUACAGAGCUGAGGUUGUACUGCUGUUGGCUCUGGUGGUUUUCUACUUAACACUCAUCGUUUUCACUUGUAAGUUUGCACGACUGCAGAGUAUUUUUCCGGAUUUUUCUAAACCUGGCAUGGAACGAGCUUUUCUCCCAGUCACCUCCCCAAAUAAGCAUGUGGGGCCAGUGACUCUUCACAAGACAGAACUGGUAUGAGCCGUAUUUCUGCAGGUCAUGUUUCCUGAAGUCAAGGGCUCAAUGGUGUGUCCCUCCGCCACACUGGACAAGAGAAGAAGGAGCCCACACUGAAGAUGGCAUCCUUCCUAUGAUGCCCUUCACCUGGCCGGAAACUUCUGAAAAUGGAUCCCACCCCACUUUCUGCAAGCAGGACCUUGAAAAUCAUUAUGUGACCACAGAGCAUGGGGCCCUCCCAACUUCCUCAUGGCCACUGCUUAGUGUUUUAUGCAGCCAUCUGGUCAUCCUCUUGGAAACAUUUUCAGUCGUAUAAAAGCUAUGAUGAGAUGCAGUUGGAAAGGGUCUUGGGAAAUGUGAAUGCCCAGAGCUGGCCCGGUGACAGGCUCCUGAGGAUAGUUGUCCUCUUUCACAUCUGGGAAACAUCUCUGUGAAUUUGCUGUGUUUGGUUGUGUUGGUCCAGAUGUUUUACUUCUGGGAGAAAUUGACAGGCCAAGCUGUGAGACAGUGGGAAAUAUUUAGAAAAUAAUGUCCUGGUAUGGAGGCCCUGCUAUUUCUAAAGAGUGUUAUGUGUACAUAGAAACAACAGGUCAAUGAACUGUUUCCCCAGAGGGUCUUUUCAUCUGGGAAAAGCAUCCAUAAAGAAGCAAUAGAGUGCCACAUUUAUUUUUAUAUCUAUGUAUACUUGUCGAAGAAAGGACUCGUGUUUUUUUUUCCUUUUGAAAUCUCUCUCUACAGUCACAUGCCAUUGCUUACUGACAAGCAGCCUGAAUUUGGAGAGUAAGAACAAGUCAGAGAGGAUGGCAACAGGAUAGAGAGCUGCUGAGCGACUGCUGGAAGUGUGGGACCCACCACCGCAGUCUGGGUUCCAGCCC